AUGUCCAUUGUCGCGUGGCAGCAGCCUGACCACGAUUGUGCUCUCGAUUCUCUUGCAAUAGAAACACAGGCAGUAGUUGAAGCGACAUCGGCCUACCGGGCAGGAAUCCAAGCAAUAAACCACAGGCUGUCCCUCCUUACUAACUCGUACCUGGCGUCUCCUUUUUGUCGACGACCAGGAGUGGCACGGGAAACCCCAGAGGGACAGGCUACAUUCAACAACGCCGCAGUUACGAAUAUAUGUGUGCUCAUUCUUCGUUCUUUUUUCGGCAUAAACAGAAAGAGCAGCAGAAAAGAAGCAGCGGUCAAAGUGGACAGAAAGGUUUUUUUUCGCAAGCCUCGGAGAAACAAGAGAGGAGAGGGUGGAAGUAUUCGAUAG